UUUGGGUCUGUAGCGUGGCAGAGCUAGCAAGGAUGGCAGAGCUUGCACUGACGUCAGAGGUCACAUGGUGCAGAACUUUCUCUAGAAAACCGGGGGCGUUUUCUAACCUAGUUGAGUUUCAUCGUGAACUUUCCUCUUGUGGCGGUUGCACAUGCUACUUUGACCUGAGAAAAGGAAGUUUUGCUUUGUAAAGCAGAAAGCGAUCAUUGCAUGCGACGUUGGUGGGGGAUCGUUUGGUGCACAUGGCACCAUCUUCGACUCAAGCUCAUCCGUUUAUUUUGGCAAAUUUGUUAGAUUUUCUUUCAACGUCGUGGAAUUUAAAGAAAUUUUCCACCAAAAUUGCUAUAUGCCCUAAUCAUGAGAGUUUUCUGUGCUUUCCCUUUAAUUUCGCUAAUGGGUGUGUAUGACCCCUCACCUCAUAGCGCAAAGAAAGGGUGACCAUGUACACCUUUGGUGGAAUUUAGUGCCUACGCCACAUUCUGAAGCAUCUUGUUCUAUACCAAAGCGUUCACGGCUCAGUCAUUUAUGACAUCGAACACUUUAUGACAGACCAGUUAACAGUAGUUUUCAUUAGAUUAUUUCACAUGUAUAUUCAAACCCUCAUUUUGUAAAAUGUUUGAAUGAUAGUAUAUAAACUGAGGUGAAUCCCACCUCAUGCAUUAUUUGAUUCUUUAUCACGUAAUAAGAGUAAAACUAAAGAAACAGGCUGGGUAAACCGAAAGAUAUUACCAAUAAAUAUAAACGUGCAAUCUCUCUCCUACAUCAAUCAACUCAUCAACCAACUACAAUCAGCCACGAACUAACUAACUGAUUAACAAUUUUGGAUUAAGCAAAUUACACCUCAGCAACCAAUCAGAAAUAAGAAUAAUAUUAGUGGGAUUAGUCAUAUUGGAGUUAGUCAAACAUGUUUACACAUUACCUCAGCAACGAUUGUGUUAUCUGUGAAAACUAGAGAAACAGAACUGUAAUUAAAGACACAUUAACAAUACCUUCUGUAUUUACAAAAUUUCUAAAGAAAAAGUGUGAGAAAAUGCUGUGCAGUGGAAGAUUUUCCGCCAUAAACUUAAAGGAAUUAUUGCCUUAGACGCCGUUUACACGGGAGAGAGAUUUUCUGCUUUGGCUUCAUCAGUAAUAAAUUUACAAAAUCAAUGGAUCCUACUUACCAUGCUAAAUUACAAUGGAAAAAUUCAAUAAAUAGAAGCUAAAGGGAACCCACCUAAUACAAUACAUGUUGUUAAAUGUGUAAAACGAAAAUUGCUGGGGAACUGGGAGAGAAGUGAAUAGAAAGGUAGAUAAUAGUAUGUGACGAAGAAGCUGGUAAUAGACUGUCUGACAAGGGCAAGAGAAGGACGGUAAAGAACAAAAAGACUAAAAAUGUAAGCAGUAAAAACGUUUGUAAUGGGUCUUACAUAAUUUGUUAGCUACGACGUCCCUGUAGUAAGAGGAACAUAAACGAGACAAUACGAAAAUUUCUACAAUCGAUACUGUAUAUGUUUCCAAAACUUUCAAAACCUAUUCCUUGGUAAUUUCGAGUCAAGCUAGCCUCACUUCACUGUCUUUUUACACAAACUCAAUUGUGUCUCUUUUGCGUUAACUUAUCCAGAAUGAAAUUUGCACCUUUUUCAGAUUCAUCACAAUGGCAACAGAUGAGCAGCAGAUAAACGAGAUACUCGAGUUUCUAUUUGAUGAGAAUGAUUCAGUUGGGGAUACAGCUGAUAACGCUUGUCAAGAAGGUAUAGAAAGUUCAAAUGGAUCUGACGAACUUUUAUCUCUAUCUAACCACAAUGACUCAUCUCCAACACCUUCUCUAUUUUCAACAAACUCCUCCUCAGCACAUUCCGCCACAGUACAAGACGAGGGGAUUUUGUCAAAAAUUUUGAGCCAUACUGUUGAACCAUCAGCAGAUCUUUCUUUUAAGGGCCCAAUGACAAAACCCUUGCUCAUAAUGAUUUUGAAAUUUUUAGUAAUCAGACACCAUCCAAAAUUCGCUAAGAAUUUGAUGAUGAAAACUUUUUCAAAGCCACAGCUACUUUCUAUCAAGACUUUUUUAGCCACAAAAAGCAGCAACUUAUUUUUUUCCAGAAACCACCAGAAACCAAUUUACUCCCUUAAAUUUGAUAGCCAUGGAAAGUUGGUUUUAGGUAGAUACAACGAUCUUCCAGUAGUAAUGCAUCAUUCCUAUAGCAAAUCUUCGAAGACAUGUAUCGAUUCAAAGGAGGUGAUAUGUAAGGAAAAUGUGCUCGAUGUUCUUAAAGAUCUUCACUACACUAAAACGAUUGGUGGAGAAACGUGUUGUGUCCCUGGUGGCAUAAAUGCAUUGAGCAAGAUUUUCACUUCUAAAUUCUAUUUCAAGGGAAUUUUCAAGGAAAUUCGGUCAUUCUUAAAAGGAUGCAAAUCUUGUCGUAUUAACACACCUCUUCCCUCGACACAGAUUGCGCCUCCGAAGCCUAUUCGCUCUUUUCGUCCACAUGAAAGACUUCAGUAUGAUCUUAUUGACAUGGCUCCAGCUAAGAGAUCUUUCAUGAAAAACAAUCCUUGGGGAUUCCGUUACAUUCUAUCCAUAAAAUGCUGUUUUAGUAAAUUCUGUUGGCUCUUCCCUUUGCAAUAUAAGACAGCUCAAAUGGUGUACAGGGUGAUAAAAUUUCUUUUUGACGUCGAGGGUGCACCUGACAUCCUUCAGUCUGAUAAUGGCAAAGAAUUUGUAAAUAAUCUAAUUAGGCAGUUCAGUAAGGAUUAUAAUUUCAGAAUGGUGAGGGGGAAACCUUAUACACCAAGACAUCAAGGGCAAGUUGAGAACUUGAACAAAACAGUUAAGGCAUAUCUUAGAAAGUUAUUGCAAAAUUCACCACAUGAAGAACAGGCAAAAAUGUGGCCACUGUUACUUCCUGGUAUUGCAGAUAAAAUAAACAAAUCUUAUAAUUUUACAAUUGAUGACAUCCCCUUCAGAGUGUAUAGAAAUCGUGACUGCAACACCAUUGGUUUCUCUGUUGUACCUGAAGACAGCAUCCUUAAAUCUUCCUAUGUUGCAUGUUGGAUUGCCCAACAAAACCACUAA